ACGGAGCGCAAUUGGCGGCCAUUUUACUUUCGCUACGGUCGCACGGAGCGCGAUCAGUGCGUCGCAAACGGACUUUACAUCAGUUUCGUGCAAUCUCCAGGCGAUUUGCGAGCAUUAGUCCGUGCCAGUAACGGAUUUUCUACAGGUCCCAGGCUGCAUUGUGUUGCAGAAACGUCAGUGAUUGAUGAUUCUGUCGGCAUAGCUCCAACUGAAGACGGCACGUAACUUCACGAUGGUCCUGGCGGAGAGAAACUCGGAAAAUGUGCGAAACGGUAGGAGAUCGCGGGGCCCCAGCCCUAACGCGCAGACAGAAUCUUCCAGCGAGGAGGAUGGUGUGCCAGCAGAAAAGAUAAGAGUAGGAAGAGAUUAUCAGGUCAUUGUUCCAGAAUUUGUUCCUGUUAGUGAACGUCGGUUGGAUCAAUGCCCCGAUAGGGCUUUACUGGUCUGGUCACCUACCACAGACAUACCGGAUCAGAAAUUGGAUGAAUAUAUUAUAUUGGCUAAGGAAAAGUAUGGUUACAAUGGGGAACAGGCGUUGGGAAUGCUAUUCUGGCACAAGCACAACUUAGAACGUGCCGUAUUGGAUCUGGCAAAUUUCACACCAUUUCCUGACGAGUGGACGGUCGAGGACAAAGUGUUGUUCGAACAAGCGUUCCAGUUCCAUGGCAAGAGUUUUCACCGUAUUCGGCAAAUGUUACCCGACAAAUCUAUCGCCAGUCUUGUGAAAUAUUACUACAGUUGGAAGAAAACGCGAACCAGGACGUCACUGAUGGACAGGCAAGCACGUAAAUUGACAAGCAAGGAAGGCGAGAACGGCAGCGAAAACGGAAGCGAACUUGGUUCCAACACGGAUAGUGAAUCCGAGGAAAAAAAAUGGACGAUCCACCGCGGAAUACGUCGUGGAAAGAACCAAGCUGUGCCAGGAAGCCAAGGCACUGACGCUAAGGCCCCAUCCGACUCGGAAAACGCCCCUCAGGUUCAGGGCUCGUGUAGCAACUGUGGCGUUGCUUGCCAUAGUGUUCGUGCGACGCCCAAGGGACACGCGUGUCAUAGCUGCUAUCUACAUUGGAGGCGCACUGGUGUAGCGAGACCGUUAACUUCCAUGCCGGGUCGUUCGAAUAAAAGAAAGCCACCUCGUGGGUUGGUUGUGAAUCACGAUGAUCUGGCGGCUUUAGCCGGUCAGCCGAACCAGGCCAACAACAGCUUACAAGCUAUCGACACUGAAAUCGUUAGCCUUAAGCGUCAAAUACAAGCGAACAAACAACAAGUGAGUGCGUUGAAGCGGAAGACAGCUGACGGCGUCGACCACUUACGGCCGCCGGAAGUGUCGAGCCGCAUAAACGCUCGUUGGACGAACGAUGAGCUGUUGCUGGCCGUUCAAGGUAUUAGAAAAUACGGGAAGGAUUUCGCCGCGAUCGCCGAAGUUAUCGGGACCAAAACUGAGGCCCAUUUGCGAUCAUUUUUUGUCAAUUAUCGACGAAGAUAUAACUUGGACGCGGUCUUAAAGGAAUUCGAAGCUGAGAACGGUCCAAUAUUGAUCGACGAUGAGAAAGAGGAAAAGAUGGACGUUGACCAAUCAAACGACACCGCGGAAUCGUCUCAGAAGGGAAAAGCUGCCGCUGGACCUGGACAAGCCGCUAAAUAACAAAUGAACACAAUCGCAAGUACAAAACGGGAAAAGAAUAAUUUUAGGUUUACUGAUAACAAUCGAUAGUGAAGGUACUUUCGCAUUAUUUUCUCUGUUUUUCCUUUUUUUAAUUUAAUACCGUUCUCUAUAUAGAGCGACACGAAGCACGAGAAUAUGUUUUUCAAAGAUUUGAAAUUCACUCGCUUGUGCGACACACAACACACACACACACACAAUUAUAUAGAUACAUGUAUGGAUCACAUACGAUAAGAUGAAAUGUUAAGAUAAAUUUGCAGUUCAGUAUGUAUUCCUAUAUAGCGAGUUUUAUCUUUUGCACCUAAGGCUGGGACCGUCCCAGCCAUCUGUAAAAGGUAGCAUGAUUGCGUAACAUUAAAUUAGAAAUUCUAUCGCACUGUAAGGAGUCACCCACAAAAAGUAUAUAUAUCCAGAUACGACCGUAAAAUGCUUUUCGCAAUAAUGGUAAACGCAACUUUUAUAUAUAUAUAUAUAUGAGUAAAUUUUCGAUAAUGUUUCCAAAGUGGAAUGGAGACGUGUAGAAGAUUACGUUCUUUGUUUAUGUGUAUUAUUUGGAUAUACAUAUUUUAUGGAUUUUAAUUGUAUGUAACGCUUAAGAGGAUAUAAUAUAACAUAAAAAUUGAUCUCAUUUGAAAGCUACAUAUUAAUAAAUUAUUAAACAGAUGAAGAUGUUCUAAUAACACGUGGAGACACAAUUCUAGUGUUCAAAUCUCUUCUGUCUUGCGUUUUAUUAUAAUUUAAGUAGGAAAUGAACUAUUCCUCUGCUUUUUUGUAAAUAUCGUAAUUUUAGUAUCAGGAUAUGUGUAUGUAUAAUACUCAAACAC